AAACCAAAAUAGCUAAACAAAAUAAAGGUAACAAAACAAAAACCAGAAAAAGAAAUGAAAGCCCCCAGAUCUAAAACUUUCCUCUCCAGAGAACUUUCAAGCUUUUCUUAGCACGAGUGAAUCGUCGAGGUAACCAGAAAAACUCGUCAUAUUUUGAUUGCAACAAAACUAGAAAACCUCUCAUCAGGCCUUCGAGUUCAUUGGACAACCCACUAUCUUCGAAUCGGGACUCAGCCUUUACAAAUGGUCGCUUACCCUAACCCCUCUCCUAUCAUUGUCAACAAGCCUUUCUACCUCCCUCGGGACUUUCUCUACCCAAUACAUGGGGUAAUCGUACUUUCUGCCUUCCAUCACCAACCUAUGUGUCGUCGCAUUAGCCUCCCGAGUUACCGGAUGACUAUUAAAGCAUCCCCCUCAACACACACAUCUCGAAAACCUAGCUCUUCUACAAAAGAGACCAUAUUCAAACAUGCUCGCACCUCAGCCAUGGUCGGAUCUAGAAUGUUCUCCCAUAGGUUAGCCGAAUGUGGAAGAUUCAUUCAUGACAAGGUGCAUAAACGGGAAAGUACAUUGAAUAGGAAGAUACAUGCAUGGAUCGGUUCAAUGUUUGGAAGCCAUACAUUCAUGUACAUGGAGGGUUAAUGAAUAUUGAGAGAUGCAUCUCCCAUGGACGGCACACAUGCAUGUAUGAGGGACAUUUAAUGCAAGUGCAUGUACGGCUAGGUUCAAGCCUCCUUCCAAGUUCCAUGUACAGCCGAUGCAUAUGGGAGGACCCUUGGAGUUUCCUAAGCACCUAUUCGGCCAAGAGACACCUUUUGGAAGUUUCAUGCACACCUUGGCUGAACCUAGACAACCCGUUGAGCUACCAAAGAUGUACAUUCAUCAAGUGAUUAAAGCUCAUGCAUGAAGCUGUCCAAACACAUCCCCAUCAGCCGAAUCAAGACUAGUUAAUUAAUGUUUUCAUUCUAGAACAUUCUAGCUAGUUCAUGACCGAAUUUGCUUAGUUUUUAAGCUAGCUAGUUUGUCCAUGCGGUUACUACAAGAUAGCUUAUAAAUAGUUUGCUCAUUUCAUUAUAAAAGGACUAUUUGCCAAAUUUGUUAA